GAGGUGGAGGAGGAAGAAGAGAAGGUGGCGGAGGAGGAAGAAGAGGAAGUGGAAGAAGAUGAGGUGGAGGAGGAAGAAGAGGAAGUGGAAGAAGAUGAGGUGGAGGAGGAAGAAGAGGUGGCGGAGGAGGAAGAAGAGGAGGAGGAGGAGGCAGAGGAGGAGGAAGAGGAGGCAGAGGAGGCAGAGGAGGAGGAGGAGGAGGCAGAGGAGGAGGAGGAGGAGGCAGAGGAGGAGGCAGAGGAGGAGGCAGAGGAGGAGGCAGAGGAGGAGGAGAGGGAGGAGGAAGAGGAGGCAGAGGAGGAGGCAGAGGAGGAGGAAGAGGAGGCAGAGGAAGAAGAAGAGGAGGCAGAGGAGGAGGAAGAGGAGGCAGAGGAGGAGGAAGAGGAGGCAGAGGAGGAGGAAGAAGAGGAAGAGGAGGCAGAGGAGGAGGCAGAGGAGGAGGAAGAGGAGGCAGAGGAAGAAGAAGAGGAGGCAGAGGAGGAGGAAGAAGAGGCAGAGGAGGAGGAAGAGGAGGCAGAGGAGGAAGAGGAGGCAGAGGAGGAGGAAGAGGAGGCAGAGGAGGAGGAAGAGGAGGAAGAGGAGGAGGCAGAGGAGGAGGAGGCAGAGGAGGAGGAAGAGGAGGCAGAGGAGGAGGAAGAGGAGGCA